AUGUUCACUGGGAACGGCAUCAAGCUCUUCUCUGGCACUAGCCACCCCGAGCUUGCUGAGGUCAUCGCCAGACGGCUCGGCGUGCCUCUGGCAAAGGCGGAAGUGACGAAGAACGGCAUCGGGGAGAGCAUUAUUCGCGUCGCGGAGUCCGUACGGGAGGACGAUGUGUACAUCAUCAACACCGGCUGUGGCGAGGUCAACACCGCACUCAUGGAAGUCUGCAUCAUGAUCCACGCAUGCAAGAUUGCGAGCGCGAAGCGGAUAACUGCCAUCCUCCCUCUCUUCCCCUACGCCCGCCAAGACAAGAAGGACAAGAGCCGAGCCCCCAUUACCGCAAAGCUCGUGGCCAACAUGCUCCAAAAAUCAGGCUGCGACCACGUCAUCACCAUGGAUCUCCACGCCUCGCAGAUCCAGGGAUUCUUUGACGUGCCCGUUGACAAGUGGCUCUAUGCGGAGCCUUCUGCCAUCAUGUACAUCCGCGCCAACUUCAACCUCACGGACAUCGUCAUUGUCUCGCCGGACGCCGGUGGGGCGAAACGCGCGACGUCGAUAGCGGACCGUUUAGGGGUGGACUUCGCGCUGUUCCACAAAGAACGGAAGAAGGCGAACGAGGUGUCACGGAUGGUGCUCGUCGGACACGUCAAGGACAAGACCGCGAUCCUGGUGGACGACAUGGCCGACACGUGCGGCACGCUCUGCCUGGCGGCGCGGCACCUGGCGGAGGCCGGGGCGAAGUCCGUGCACGCGAUGGUGACGCACGGGAUCCUGAGCGGAAACGCGUUGAAGAACGUCGAGGAGUCGGCGUUGGAGAAGCUGAUCGUGACGAACACGCUGCCGCAGUCGUCGAACGUUGCGGAGUGCGCGAAGAUCGAGGUUAUCGACAUCGGGAACGUGCUCGCGGAAGUGAUCAGGCGCAGUCACUACGGCGAGAGCAUCUCGAAGCUGUUCGACGAGGUGCCGUACUAG